GUGGAUGACGUCAAGAUAUUGCGUAACUCAAUGUUUUCCUUCUUGAAAAGAAUGUCAACAAAUGCUUGGUGCUCAUGACAUUGCUUUUUUUUACAGAGCAAAAAAAAUAAAAUUCGUGUCAUCCGUGUGAGAAACUAGCAAGAUAGAAGUGGGCUUCGCCUUCUCAGUCGUUUUAAACUUUCAUCCAUGGAAGAACAAGAAUACAUAGAAAGCCAAAGUCGGUGGGUAGCGGAAAGAUAAAAUAUUUCAGAAUAUUUUUAAUUUUUUCAGUCAAAUAUGCAUUCAUUGCUUCUUCCAAACUAUAGAGCAGUUAGUUCAAAGAUUUCAAGGUUUAUAUGACAUAUUUUAAAACUUUGUUUUAAUUUUGUUUUACAUUUGUUUAUACUGUAAAUGUGAUUUAAAAGAUUUGUAAUAUAACGGAACCUCUUCAUAAACGUUCAUAUACUUUAUGUGUAGUAAAUAUGGUGUUGCAUGCCGGCGUUUACUGGUAUUUGUGUGGUUUAAAUCUGAUCAACCAAUCCAGUUUAACCAGCCUUGUGCUGAUUGGCUGAGCUAGCCAAAGUUUCACACGACGAUAGAUUUAAACAAUAUUAUUUGUGACCUUUUUUUCUUUAGCUGGUAUUCUGGCUGGUUUAGAUGGUGUCCUACAUCUGAUGAAUUACUACAGGCUGCAGAAGCACGAAUUUUACAAAGUAUGUUAUAAAGUGGCGGUUCACCCCCUCCUUCCCCCCUUCCCCAAUGGUAAUUUCUAGCACAGAAACCUUAACUAGUGUCACUGGUUAUCAAAAAUGUCCAUAACUUAUGGAACAUUCCAUGGCAAUUUGGCUCUGGUGCAGGGACAUCACCCCCCUAGCAGAAACCCCUUCCGGGCAAACCUGGAUCAACCCUUACUACAAACUUUAAGCUGACCCCAUUCUUCAAUAAAAUCCUCAUAUUAACCAUGGCAUCAUUAUCUAUUUUUGCAGAAUUAAAUGUUCCAUACCGAGCAUGUUAUGUGACAACUUCACAACAGGAUAAAGUUUGGACCGUAUCAUUUAAUCCUGAAGGCACAAAAACACCAAUUCUAAUGAUACAUGGCUUCGGUGCUGGGCUUGGAAUGUGGGCGUUAAACGUGAAAGAAUUAUCAAAAGAUCGACCCAUGCACACUUUUGACAUGUUAGGUUUCGGCAGGAGUUCCCGACCAACAUUCGAUAGCGACCCCGAGAUUGUCCAAGAGACAUUUAUAAAUUCAAUCGAAGACACAAGAAAAGCACUAGGCCUUGAGAAGUUUAUUUUGAUCGGACAUAGUUUUGGUGGUUAUCUAGCUUAUGCUUAUACAAUUAAACAUCCGGAUCAAGUGAAGUCAUUAAUCCUGGCUGAUCCCUGGGGUUUCUCUGAGAAACCAGCAGAUUGGGAUAAGACAGUGUCAGUCCCGAGAUGGAUCAGGGUUGUGGCUACCAUAAUGCAACCAUUUAAUCCAUUAUCUGGCUUAAGAAUUGCUGGGCCACUAGGUAUAGUGCUAAUUGUCUCAUAUUUAUUUUUUCAAUAGUCUAUAGGUGUGAUUGAGAGACAAGAAAUUUUUGUUCCACUUAGGAUGAAGAGUCGCAAGUGAAAAUAAUUGUCUAUUUUUUUGUUCUAGGUCCAUCCGUUGUACGGAGAUUUCGUCCAGAUUUACAGAUAAAAUUUUCAAGUCUGUUUGACGAUGAUACGAUAUUGAACUAUAUCUAUCACUGUAAUGCUCAAAAACCAAGGUUUGUUUGUUUGUUUGUUUGUUUGUUUGUUUGUUUGUUUGUUUGUUUGUUUGUUAAUGCAUUCACUUUCUAAUGAUACUAUGAUAGUUAGUUGCUAUCAAAAUCUUUCACACCAAAUGAGUCUUAUUGGUAUAAUUUCCCUUCCUUAUAGUGGUGAGACUGCAUUCAAGAAAUUAGUUUUACCCUAUGGCUGGGCAAAGUUCCCAAUGAUUCACCGAAUGCAACAUAUCAAUGCCAAAGUGAAGGUCGCCAUGUUGUUUGGGUCACAUUCCUGGAUAGAUAACACAGUCACUGAAGAAAUGGAGUCAGAACGUCCAGAACAAUUCACUGUUCAUACUGUCCAUGGGGCAGGACAUCAUGUCUAUGCUGACAAGCCUGUUCGCUUCAAUAACAUAGUCAAACAAAUUUUUGAAACAUGCGACGAGGAUCGAGUCUAAUUAUAGUGCUGGACUCUGCAAGUUCACUGAUAGGGCCAGACAAAUUUGCAAGACUUCACCUGCACUCGCACACACAGGACACAUAUGGACAAACUGGAUGCAUUCAAGCAUUCAUGUAUGUACAAGUAGGAUUUCUGUACAAGUAGAACUAGACAAAUUUGCAAAUGUUCUGAAUUCAUCCAGUUUCAUGUGAACAUAGUUUAACCCCAUUAGUGUGCAAGCUAGACCAUAUAAUAUAUAAUAUACUGUGGCAAGACUCUCCUGUUGAUGAGUAAAAUCAUCUGGCAUUAGACAGAGUCAAAUAAUAACUGAAUAUAUUUGAAUAUAAAUUUGGGGAUGGAAAUCUGUCUCAAAUUUUAUGUAGUUUUUAUAUCAGUAGUUUUAUAUUUAUAUCUUGAUAAUUCCAGUUCCAGUCUUUUACCAUUCUUGGCAAUGAUUUUUCUGUCUCAUUUAUCCUGAAACAUGUAAAUAUUGUAAAUAGAAUAUUUGAAUUUUAUUUCAGUUACAACGAAUCAUAUAUUUAUAAGAUGACAAUGACUUGAUCUUCGAACUGUUGUCAACAACGUUAUGUGUGAAAUAUUAGGUCAAUUAAGUCACAGUUGCUAUUAAAUAGGCCUCCUUCAAAUAAGGUUUUCAACAAUAGUUAGCUAGUGAAUGUUAUAUAUUAUAAUCAUAUAGAUAAUUAAUCAAAUGUUGUAUAUUUUAUACUGUAAGUAGUCAAUGUAAUAAAUAAAGAAGUUGCUGUGGGCUGUCAAUUCAUCUAGGGCUUUUGUUAUAUAGUAAUUCUUUCUACUGUGUUAGAUUAACAAUUUACACAUGUCAGCGAGAUGUGCUCCCAACAUGUUGUACAAGUUAUACAAGUGAAGGCAGGGCCUCAUUCAUUUUAUCAUGUAAAAUAAGCCCCCCCCCCCCC